AUGGUCUGUCUGGGUUUGGCUUCCAACUUCUUGUCCCUCGUGUUAUUUGCAGUGGUGGACUUUGUGUCAUCAGACCUGGAGGAGGUUGCCCAGAAGUGUUCCCUGUCUUACAAGGCGCUGGUUGCAGUGAGACGUGUGCUGCUGGCCCAGUUCUCUGCCUUCCCCGCCAACGGAGCAGACCUGUACGAGGAGCUCAAGAGCUCCACAGCCAUCCUGCCCACUGGGAGCCCGAGAUUGGACCAGCUGCUGGACUCGGGACUGUACACAGGGGAGGUGACGGAGCUUAUGGGAGCACCGGGCAGUGGGAAGACCCAGGGCUGGCUGACACCCAGUCCCUGCCUGGGCAUUGUGGCUAGUGUGUCUCUUGGCCUCAAGCAGCACGUCCUGUUUCUUGAUUCCACGGGGGGAUUCACCGCCUCCCGACUCUACCAGAUGCUUCAAGCCCGGGCAGAGGACAAGGACGAGCAGCUGGAGGCUCUGCAGCGGGUCCAGGUGGUCCGUGUGUUCCACAUCUAUGAAAUGCUGAGUGCCUUGCAGGAGCUGCGAGAUCGCCUCUCCCAGCAGGUGGUGAGCUCCAUGGCACCUCUCAAGGUUGUGGUGAUCGACUCGGUGUCGGCUGUGAUUUACCCACUGCUGGGCGGCAAGCAGUCGGAGGGUUUGGCCAUCAUGAUGCAGCUAGCCAGGGAGCUGAAGACGCUGGCCCGGGAGUUCAGCCUUGCUGUUGUGGUGACUAACCAGGUGACAAGGGACAGCGGCACUGGUCUCCUGAAGCCAGCCCUCGGCCGCUCCUGGAGUUUUGUGCCCAGCACCCGGGUGCUGCUGGAGAGCAAAGAAGCCAGCUGGGAGAAAGCCACCACUCAGCGCCUGGCUUCCUUGGCAAAGUCGCCGCGGCAGCCAACAGGGAUACAGGUGGAGCUGGAUAUUGGAAAUGGUGAUGUGCAGGAGCUGAGCCCAGCAACACCCACACAGGGACUCUG